UCGACGGACUUUCAGAAACGAAUCGAGAAUGUUGUUGCCGACGAACGUUGUCGUCGCGUUGCUGCUGAUCGCUGGAGCGGCCUCCUCUGUUUCCUCGUCGUCAUUGUCGUCAUUAUCCUCACAGCAACAGAAACAGUUGCCACCGACAUGUGACAGCAAGAUCUACUGUCAGGGCAACCUGCUGCACACCGUCCAGAUGGCCGAAGUCUUUCCCGAUUCCAAAUCCUUCGUCGACAUGCACAUGAAGAUGGACCCGGAGGAGAUCCUCAAGGAUUUCGACGUCUUCAUGGACGAGCAUAAAGGAGAACCGUCAAAAGAUGACGUGAAGAAGUUCGUGACUGACCACUUCGACAGUGGCAACGAACUUUCCGAAUGGACACCGAACGAUUACAACCCGGAACCCGAAUUCCUGAAGGACAUCAACGACACGGACAUGCAUAAAUUCGCCAAAGAUCUGGUCGGCGUUUGGCCAAAGUUGACGCGCAUCAUGAAACCGGAAGUCCGCGAGCAUCCUGAGAGAUACUCGAUUCUUCCCGUUACCGAAGGUUUCAUCAUUCCCGGCGGAAGGUUCAAGGAGACUUACUACUGGGACACCUACUGGAUCAUCAAGGGAUUGCUGAUCAGUGGAAUGCACGAGACAGCUAGAGGAAUGCUGGACAACUUCGUGACUCUGAUCAAGGAAUACGGGUUCAUCCCGAACGGUUUCAGGAAGUAUUACUUGAAGAGGUCUCAGCCGCCGCUUUUCACGCCGAUGGUCAAGAGUUACAUUGACGCCACCGAGGAUGUCGCCUGGUUGAAGGAUAAUAUACAGUAUUUGGAUGCGGAGCUUCAGUAUUGGGUCGACAAUAAGAUGGUGUCGGUGAAGAAGAACAAGAUGACUUUGAAGAUGUUCAAUUAUAAACCGGAAAGUUUAGGGCCGAGGCCGGAAUCUUACAGGGAGGAUUACUUGACCGUCGAUCAUUUCCCCGAGUCUGAGAAGCAAAGGGUUUACACUGAUCUGAAGGGAGGCGCUGAAAGUGGCUGGGAUUACACCACGCGUUGGAUCUUCGACGCUGAAGGUACUCCCAACAGCAAUCUUUCCGAUAUUCACACCUCAAGAUCGAUUCCCGUCGAUCUGAACAGCUUCCUGUACCGCGCCUUCUCCGAUCUCUCCAAGAUGUACUUGAAGACUCAUCAGCUGGACAAGAGCAAGAAAUGGUUGGAGCGCGCGAUAAAGCUGAAGACCGCAAUCAGCUUGGUCUUCUGGAACAGCGACGACGGUAUCUGGUACGAUUUCGAUAACGUUUUGGGAAUUCAAAGAAAGUACUUCUGGCCGAGCAAUCUUGCGCCUCUGUGGACGGGCGCCUUCAACACUCUGAACAAGAACAUCGGCGAUAAGGUGGUCGACUAUCUGGAGAAGAACAAGGUCUUCCAAUAUUGCGGCGGAACUCCGGCCUCGUUGAUCCGCAGCGGCGAGCAGUGGGACUUCCCGAACGCGUGGCCCCCGCUGCAGGCGAUAAUGGUUCAAGGACUCCAGAAGAGCGGAUCGGAGAAGGCCAAGAAGAAGGCCGAAGAGUUGGCCACCGCUUGGCUGCACGCCAACAUCGUCGGAUUCACGGAAACCGGAGAGAUGUUCGAGAAGUACGACGCUGAGGUGCCCGGACAGUACGGCGGCGGCGGCGAGUACACCGUGCAGAGCGGAUUCGGAUGGACGAACGGCGUCGCCCUAGAAUUCAUCAAAGAGUAUUACACGCAUUAAGCUACGAAAACCAAUCAGAAUUAACAACAACAACACUUAACGCAAUUCUGACUAACCCUGAAUAUAUAUAAUACGCACACGUACCUUAUUUAUUUGGCUUUAAAAUAAAUUAUUGCAACAA